AUGCAUAUCAAUUGCUGCCAUGCAUAUUGCAUGGUGCUAUGUGCUGAUGACGCACGGCUACAGUCUGCUCAACAUAGGCCCCAACCUACUGCACAGCAAUUCCCCUCCCCUCCCUUCCCCUCAAUCCCCUCCUCUCAUCCCCCCCAUCAGCGAGUGGUGGCGUUCAUAACGUAUGGCUACGAUGUGCUCAGCGUGGUGCCCACGCUGCAGCACAUGCACACCCCUUCCUUCAGACUACAUGCACUUACUUCCCCCACCACCCUCCCACAUCAGCGAGUGGUGGCGUUCAUAACGUACGGCUACGAUGUGCUCAACGUGGUGCCCACGCUGCAACACAUGCAUGACUCGCUGGGAGGCUGGCCCAUUCUGCUCAAGUUCAACCCCGAGUACAACAUCAGCCAGCGCCUCCACUCCAAGGAAUACCGCAAAGCGGCGGAUCUGAUCGACCCUUACACGCUCAUCUUAUCGGCCGCAUGGACAUGCAUGGACCAUGUUUGGCCUUCCUCUACCCGCAUGGACAUGCAUGCACCAUGUGUGACCUUCCUCUCCACUCCUCUCUCACCGCCGCCCCACCACGUGCAGGAGGCUAUCGACCUGUACACAUUCAUCGACCGCAUGGACAUGCCCAAGCUGCUCAUCUCCGCCUCCAACGACGAGUUCUUUCGCAUUGAUGACUCGUGA